AUGAAAAAGGAAUAUGCGGUUACUAAGAUCGAGCCCACCCAAUUGUCUGAUGCUGCCACAAUCGCCGCAUCGGACGGGCCAGACAGCAAAGUCCUCGGGGACGCGGCGGGGUCUACCUGCAGAGGGUGGAGGAGGUGGGCGCUGGGGGCUACGCCGCUUGUCCCACUCAGCGCGGCCAUCACACUGACGCUCUACUUCUGUGCAUCCCCGCGCCCGUCUGUCUUCUACCUGGGAGGCAGCGUGGAGUUCCCCAACCUCACUUUCUCACCGGAGCUGGCCGAGCCGUCCUCCCCACAGUUCCGUGCCCAGACUCAGACGCUGAGCCAUUACUUUUCAGAACUGUAUGACUCAACUCCAUGGAAGUCCUAUUACAAGCGCUCAGGAAUUAUUGCCUUCAGUGAAGGAUCGGAUGGCCUCAAUGUGUUCUACUGGAGCAAAUUCACCGCCCCGGCAACGGUUGCCUCGGAGAUUCAGAAUUCCAAGCCUGAGAGGUUGCAACGGCGACUGCCCUUCACCAACAAGUUUCUGUACAACAAGAACGAGGAGCGCUACUACCUGGACAAAGAGGGUGGCACGCUCCCACUGCUGGGUCUGGCUGAUGAUGAUGACGAUGAUUCUGAUGACAAAGCAGAAAAAAUCAAGAAUCCAAACUCUCCGCAGAGUGGCAAGUGGCCGAUGGGACUCCAAGCCAUGUCCUUCGACCUCUACGCUAAGUACGGUAACAACCGCACCCUGAGCCUGGUCAGCCCCAAGAAGCCCUACUACCAGUGGCGGCUGCGUGUGCCCUCGGGUCACAUGGUCAGGCUGGUGGUCCUCAACCUGCAGGGCGCUACGCCGGGCAGCUGCUCCGCACACAAGCUCUCCGCCUACGACUUCCUGCUCCCGCUCCAGAACAAGAUCAUCACCAGGUGGUGUGGCCUGCCAGUGUCCGGUUCAUCCCCCGUAAUGAAGUUGACCUCGUCUGGAAACGUAAUGCUGGUCACCUUCUCCUUCAGUAGGCAGCGACAUGGAGCCAUCUUCAAAGCCUACUUCCAAGCCGUACCUAAAGAAGAAUGUGGAGGAUUCAUCUCAUCAUGGAACGGUUCACUGACCUCGCCGUAUUUUCCAGCGAACUACGCACCAAACAUGGACUGCAGCUGGAAACUAAGGACGCCGUUCCCUGGUUACCUGCUCUCCAUAACCAUUGUGAUGCUGGACAUUCAGGACUCGCCAGCCACCAGCGGCUGUGAGAAAGACUGGCUAGAAAUCAACGGGGUCCGGCUGUGUAACCCCAUUGUGGACAGCAGCCGGAAGCGGAUCUACUCCUCCCCAGUGAUGCUGCACUUCCGCUCGGACGAGUCCUUCACCCACAAGGGCUUUCAGCUGCUGUUCCGCGCCUUCUCCCCCGAGACCACCUGUCCUAGACAGUUCCGCUGUGGUGAUGGGCAGUGUAUCCCCCUGAAGAAGGUGUGUGAUGGGAAGAGGGACUGCCGAGACGGGCGGGACGAGACUAAGUGUUCCACCUGCAGGCCAGGUGAGGUGUCCUGCGGGAAUGGGCAGUGCAAACCUCACGGCAGUCAGUGUGGCUCCCAGGCCGGCUGCGGAGACAGCAGCGAGGAGAAUAACUGUGCAGGGAAAUGCUACCACAUGUGUCCCAAUAAGGUGUGUAUCAAAAAAGCCUCGGUAUGUGAUGGAGUGGUCGACUGCAAGGAUAGGAGCGAUGAGCUCAACUGCACAAGAGCAUUCCAUAAAGGCUGUUCCCCUUCAUCCUACAAGUGUGCCAAUAAGAAGUGUGUGAACAAGAUGAACCCAGAGUGUGACGGAAUCAAAGACUGCAAAGACGGCUCGGAUGAAAUGCGCUGUGCCUGCGGUACGCGACCCAGGAAGAAGGCCAAGAUCGUGGGUGGUGCGGACGCUCGGAUGGGUUCUUGGCCAUGGCAGGUCAGUCUGCAGAUGGAACGCUACGGCCACGUGUGCGGCGCCUCGUUGGUCUCCAACCGCUGGCUGCUCUCCGCCGCCCACUGCUUCCAGGACUCGGACGCCAUCAAGUAUUCCGAUGCCCGUGCCUGGCGUGCCUACAUGGGCAUGCGCGUCAUGAACACGGCGAGCAACGCCGUCUCCACCCGCCAGCUCCGCCGCAUCCUGCAGCACCCCCAGUAUGACCAGUUCACGUCCGACUACGACAUCGCCCUGCUGGAGCUCAGCGCCCCCGUCUACUUCAACGAGUUGGUUCAGCCCGUGUGCGUGCCAGCGCCCACCCACACCUUCAGCUCGGGGACCAGCUGCUUCGUCACGGGCUGGGGGGUGCUCACCGAGGAUGGUGAGCUGGCUUCACUGCUGCAGGAGGCCACCGUGAACAUCAUCAACCGAAACGUUUGCAACAAGCUCUACGACGACGCUGUCACUCCCAGAAUGCUUUGUGCUGGCAACAUGCAAGGAGGCAUAGAUGCGUGUCAGGGUGAUUCAGGUGGCCCACUGGUGUGUCUGGAGAGGGGCCGGCGUUGGUUUCUGGCCGGCAUCGUGAGCUGGGGAGAGGGCUGCGCUCGACAGAACCGUCCAGGAGUUUACACGCAGGUCACUAAGUUCACAGAUUGGAUCCAUCAGCAGACUAAAGGCCAGGUGUAAAGCAUGCGCUCCGUCGUGCAACGUAACGACACAACACCGGCAUGACUUUCACACAUACAGUGGCAGCGCACACCUGAAAAGUGAUUAAUCUAACAACGCUAAGAUGUUUCCAUGGCAACUCCCCUGCAACUUCCUGGUGGAGCCACAUCACUUCCUCCUAAAGCCUCAUGCCAAUGCCCCUUCUUACGUCCCAUGGUCCUUCAUCUCUGAAGUCAGUCAAACUCAGAUAAGCACUGUCACAACCUACCAUCUCUGUAAUACCACCAGCACCUGCCUCUGAUUAGCACAGAAUCAGAAUACACACAGAACUCUGGACAUUGCUGAAAGGUUGAACAUACAUUCCAGAAAUGCGCUUGACUCUGUCUUUGUGGAAGGAGUCCUUACUUGGUGUGGUCCUACUGUGUGUAUAAUGUUAUGUCCCAGUAUUCAGACACAUCUUGUAGCUAUUAUAUUACUACCUAUUACUUCAACUUAGUAUAGCUUUCAGUUCCCCAACUUUACUGGGAUAAGUAAUCACUGAAUUGUAUGUCCCAUGAUAUAUUCAUUUUUAUUCUAUGCCUAUCAAACUCUGUAUUGCACAAGCUAAAAGAGAUGGUAAACUGCAUUUUAUCCUGUGGAGUUAUGUGGUAUCAAUUGUCCUUUUAGUAUAGAGCCUACAUCAAGAUGAUGGUUCAUUCGCUAAAUGUCACUCCAAAGACUCAAAUCACUGUACUGUAUCAUGUCACCCCGAGUAAUCGAGUGUAUCUUCUGUGCUAACAAUUCUCCGGAUACCAAUUUAAGCGCCAUACUUUAAUCGAGUGAUGAGUAAGAUGAACAAAACAUCUUGGCUGCUAUAUAUAACGUGCUCCCACUCGUGGUCAUUCAGUGGUACUGCUCUGUUUAAAGUCAUGUUCUAUGUCCUGUCGAACCACCUGCGAAAAAUGUCACAAUCCGCUGUUAAAUUUAUUUAAGGUCGCUGUUGA